AUGCUCUCCCUGCUUCGGUCAUCAUGCCUAAAGCAAGCUCGGCCGCUCCUGGCUCAUUUUCACUCUCUUCGCACAAUUUCAACAUCCACAAUUAUCACAACCCCAGCCCAAUUACCCAAAAUAAUAAUAACCCCCGGCUCCGCUCACCACAAUUCCCUCCCAUCUUUCCUCGAGUACGCAAACCGCGUCAACCUCUCACCUUCUAAAACUGUAUACGUCGGCACCCACUACGAAUAUGUCGCCGCACUCUCUCUGCUCCGCCUCGGCUUUUCCCUCCUACGCACUGGACGGAAGUCCGACGCCGGAAUUGACUUGAUUGGCCAUUGGAUCCUUCCACAGCUUCCUGAACCUUUGCCAGUAAUUGUGCAGUGUAAAGCACGGUCUUGUGGACUUGCGCCUAAGCAUGUCAGGGAGCUGGAAGGCGCGUUUCAGGGUACACCUGCGGAAUGGCGGAAGAAGGAUGUGUUGGGACUGCUGGUGACUACCCAAAAAGCCACGCGUGGAGUACUGGAAGCUCUGGGUAUGAAUCGGUGGCCCAUGGGCUUCGUCAAGGUUUCAAGGACAGGCACGGUAGAGCAAUUUCUGUGGAAUCGGAAGAAUGGAAAGAAGAGGAGGAGGAAUGCUGGCCAGUAUAAGGAUGCUGGGGCGAGGAAGGAUAUUCAGUUGACGUGGAUGGGGGAACCUAUUUUUCCGGAUCGAGAGGGACUGGAUGAGGAGACGAUGAGGUUGGGGGAUGAAAUUACGAGGGAGGACGAUGUGGUGGAAGUUAAGAAAAUUGGCAAGACGAAGUCAAAAGUGAAAGCUAUAAAGAAGUCCGUCGGGAAAAAGACUGUCCUGAAGAAAGCGACAGAGUUGCCUGCAAAUACCCGUAAAGGACGGUCUCCUGGCUCUCUCAGCAAGAAGACGUUAACUACAGCCGCUGAAGUUCCCUCUCGUCGCGGCCGUCCAAAGGGAUCUAAAAACAAGACGAAAAAGUGA